GCCCGCCCGCCUGCCCGCCUCGGGCUCUCCCUGCGGGGCGGUAGGGGGAGUGGGGCUGGAGGAAGGGAGGGAACAGAUGCGGCCUCCGAGCGGAGACCGGUUCCGCGCGUCCUAAGCCGAGGCCCCUGAGCCGGCGCCGUAACCGCGAGGGACGAAGACCAGCGCGGAGCAGCGCCCGCCCGGCCCCGGAACGCGCGCCCCGGCUCGCCGCCCAGACACGGACGGCACGGUCCGCCCCGGCCCGGGUGCCGCGCGGUCUCAGCCCGGCCGGCGACCUCGGCGCCUCCGCAAUCCCGGCCGGCUCCCGCGCGGGCCCCGGCGCUCCUCUCCGCCGCCGCCGCCGCCGCCGCCGCCGCCUGUGCCUCUGCCUCCCCCUCUACUCCGCUGCGUCGGCGACCCCACCCCGGACCCCGGACCCGACCCCGCCCGCGGCCCCGCCAAACUCGGCCGCGGCCCGGGCCCUGGCCCCGGAGGCCCAGCCGUGGGUACGAUGCUGCCCAGCUCCAUCCAGAUAUCGGGGGAGCCGCUGUCAGGCGCCGAAGUGCGGGACAUCUGCCGCGGCCUGCGCGACAACGCCGUGCGCCUGCUCUCACUGCGCGGCUGCCGUCUUUGCGACCGCGACUUCGGCCGCAUCUGCCGGGCCCUGGCCGGGGCCACGUCCCUGGCGCAGCUCAACCUUAACCUGGGCGUCGUGUCCAGCCCCAGCCGCAUCAAGCAGCUGGCGGAGGCGCUGCGGACCAACCGCUCCAUCCAGUCCCUCUUCCUGCAUGGGAGCCCUCUGACAGAUGCGGGGCUGGCCUUGCUGAAUCCAGCUCUGGCCCUCCACCCUGCCCUCGUGGCUCUGGACCUGGGGGACUGCAUGCUGGGUGAUGAAGCCAUCAACCUCAUCUGUGGCCUUCUCCCCCCUGAUGGGGCCAAGUCUGGCUUGAAGGAGCUGACGCUGAGCGCCAACCCUGGCAUCACCCCUAAGGGCUGGAGCCGCCUCGCCAUUGCCGUGGCCCACAGCUCCCAGGUCCGCGUCCUCAAUCUGGACUACAACCCUCUGGGUGACCAUGUGGCAGCGAUGCUGGCUGUAGCUGUGGCCUCCAGCCGCACCUUAGAGGUCCUAGACUUGGAGGGUACAGGGCUCACCAACCAGUCAGCUCAGACCCUGCUGGACAUGGUGGAAAAUUACCCCACAGCUUUGCGGAGUCUGGUGUUGGCUGAGAACAGCAUUAGCCCGGAGCUGCAGCAGCAAAUCUGUGACCUCCUCUCUGAGGGGGAGGAGGAGGAGGAGGUGGCAGGAGGGGCUGGCGACACCCAGGAACGAGAGAGAGGGCGGGAGCCUGCUGCCCACCAGAGGGGCAGUAGCUCCUGGAUGUGCCCCAGUGAUCCCAGCUCUCAGAUGGUGCUAAUGACGUCAGGACUAGGGGACAGUCUGUUGGCUGAGACGGAGAUGUGACUCUCCAUUCAGGCUUCUGCGCGUCAUUACAUUUGCAUCUCCAGCACUUUGCCCCAGAUGUCAGGGUCAGGCCCUGGGGCUUAGGAGGGUGGGGGGUUGGUGUGCCUGGGGCUCUGGCAGCUCCUGGCAGCAUGGUGGGAGGCUCUGAAAGCUGUGACUAAACAAAAUCGUUGGGGGCACUGGAACCCAAGGCAAUGCUGGACUUGUUGGCAGCUCUGGCUGCAGCCCGCUGGCUCGGAAGAGAUUUUAUGAACUCGACAA